GGUCUUCGCCGGUGAAAAGACGCACCUAGGGAAUUUCUCAUACGCCAUUUUACUGGAAAAUAGUUAUCUUCCUGAUGAAUACCAAAACUACCGACAAUAUCAAAACCUGAAUAUUACUAUAAAGAUAUAAAGAUGUAAAAUGACACAGGAAAAUGAGGAAUUCAAGUGGUUUACUUGGAGGAUGGUGCUGUACCGGUACUAGAAGUCAACAUAAAUAUGAUAAAUAAAUAGAAACUUUAUAAUUGAUGGGAAACAAAAAUGACAUCUAAGAGGUCUGAUUUUUCUUUAAAUGAUGCCAGUGGAUCUGUGGAUCAUGCUAGACACUUGUAUAAAAAGUCAAAUGUGCAUCUGUCUGAUCUAACCAAACAACAAAGAAAAGAUUUGGGAAUGACAAUAUUCAAACUAUUACAUAAAUGUUUGCCUCUAUUGCACCUUACGUUAGCUUUCACCAGUUCAGCCUUUGUAGAAAUAAUUGAAGCUACAAUAGAAGAUGGAAAGUUUGAUGGAGAGAAAUCUGCUCAAGCUUUCACAGAACUUGAAAAAUAUUUAAAACUUCUUUAUGACCAUCCAUGGAAAAAAGAAUUCCGUGUGUUGAAGUUAUAUUCUGGAUUUUUUAAUUCAAAGGUGAAGUCACAUUUAAGAAAUCCUGAACAAAUUUUUGAAAUGGUUGGUUAUAAAAGAGUUAAUGAAAGUGAAAUGAUUUUACAAGAAGUGAAACCAAACAGAGAACGUUUAAUAAAUGUUUGUUUUGAAUGUUUAGUUGGUGCUGUAGCAUGUAAAUUGAUUGAAAUGAAACAUAAUGAUAUAAGGGAUAGGGGUGGGGACUUUCAAGAUGCUUUUCAGUGGAUGAAAACAGGUGAGAAACCGAAGGAAGAAUACCUUGAAAAAAAACUAGAACAGAAAAAGAGGACACAAGAGAAAGAAAAUAUGGAUGAUACUGUUUCAUAUAAGAACAGAGAUAAAACACCCUCUUCUACAUACAUGUAUUAUAAUAAUGAUAAAUUGGUAGUUGAUUUAAAUUCCCCUAAUCACAACAAUGACAGCUAUAUAAGAGCUGGACAUAUUCCUUAUAUAGAUGAAGGUCAAACUGACAAUGGUAUAGAAAUUAGUAUGAAAGGAACACAUGAUGACCAUAUACAUGCUAGUUUACGAGAAAUCAAUUUAAAGCAACAGAGACAAAAGCAGGCACCUAAAUCAGAUGUAAGAGAUUUCGUAAAAUCAACUCAUAAAAGUAACUAUGAAGUAAAGAGUGAAAAUCUUAGUUAUCCAGAAGUUGAUUUGAAAUCUAGUAGGAAAAUAAGUGGAUAUAUUAAGAAGUCAAAGGAUGAAGAUAGAGUCAUUACUAGAACGACACCCACAAAAGUAAGCAAAGAAAGCAUGGAAAUAUUUUAUCCACCAGCCACAAUAAGUUCAUACAAAAACAUAGAAAAACACAAACGGACACAUUAUUUCCCCUACCCUUCAAAUACUAAUAUCGAUGUUACAGAUGGUAGCUUUAAGGCUAAACAAUUUAUUGAAGAACCUGAUAUAUUGGACACUGAUGGAGAGCUGUCUUUUACAUCUGGUUACUAUGAUAUACCCAGAGAUGACCAAGAAUUGGUUCUUAACAGAUCAAUUAACAAUUCACCAUUUUCAGAUGAAAUUUGGUCUUGUUCCUACUGUACUUCACUAAAUAAUGCGUCUAGAACUGUUUGUAAAGAAUGUGAUAAGAGUCGCCAUGUUGGACCAGAUUUGGAGAACCCAAAAGCUGGUGAAAGUAAAAAAGUCUGCUCUGACUGUACCUUGGAGAACUUGCCAACAGAUAUAUUUUGUAAAGCUUGCAAUGCACCUUUAAAACCCGCAAAUGUUCAGACAUAUGUUUAAUUAUUAAAAUAAAAAAAAGUAUUAAAAUUUA